CAUUUUGCGAGAAUAUCACUGUCCACCUCUGUCGAAACAGGACAAUUAGACCAUGCCAUACACCUCUUGAGUAUGGCGAACGAAGAUUCUGGGGAAUCGUCCCCUACGAUACAGGUGGAGAACGUCCAGAAACACCUGUUCUCUAGUUCCACAAAGCUGCGCACCGCAGAGCUUCAUACACUGAAGCGAUAUGUAAACGAUGAGCAUCUUAGCUCAUCGGAAAUAAAAAGCAUCGCCACCCUUCUUUUCAAGUUACACCCCAGAUACAUCGAUCAGGAAUCACGAACUGCGGCCCGACAAUGUCUGGCUGCGUUGAUAUCUUCCGAGCACGGGCAAGAUGCGGUUGCCGUCAUCAUCGAUUCGAUUACCUCCGAAGCAUCCAAACGAACCAUAGCACCGGGCAAUGCUUUUGUACUUCUCUCCUGGUGCUCCGCUCUCCAUAAAGAGACCAAGGACAACACAGCCUUCUGGGACAAAUGGGGGGGUAAGCUCGUCGAUGCCGAAGCGAAUGCCCUUGAUCUCGUACUCGGAACGGGACACCGCGAGAGUGUGAAAAAACAUUGCAGAGGGAAGAUAAGGAGUGCUUUUCGAGCAUUGGUGGAAACCGGUCCUGCUGGAAACAGUAUAGUGACUGGGCUGAUCAAGAAGCUCACAACCAAAGGAUCUGCACCAGCAGCCAAGAAUGCUCUAGUACUAGGCCUCAUUGCGAGUGCUUGCUCACGAACACCGUCUACGCAUCCAGUAAUCGAGCAGAGCAAACCGGAUAUCUACUCCUUUUAUGUUCGUGAAAUCCUUGCUUCGCGGACGGCUGUCCCCGAGCAUGUCGCGGGUGGGCUUCACCACUUCUUCAGAUCCUUUUCUUCGCUGGAUGAGCUUCGGACUCAAGUGGUAGGAAGCAUAGAAAAAGGGUUGCUCCGAGCCCCAGAAGUGCUCUUAAACAAUGUCCUCAAUCAGCUGUUCGCCUCGGUCUCUCCUGAAGUCGACCUCUCGACUGUCCUCAAGGGGCUAGUCAAGCCUCUUAUGUCGAAUCUCAAGUCGACAAAUCUAGUCGUCAAGAAGGGUGUUCUAGAAGCUUUCCAUGCUCUCGCAGCGAAGUCGCACGAUCAGACGGCUCUCUCUACUGUCGUGGAUGAGUUGCUGAAACCUUUGAAACAAGGAAAGGUCACAGCCGCAGACCAGAAAGCCGCCCAUUGCCAGAUGCUAGCGGCGUUGCAAUGCAAAGAUAGCCUAGCGCUGCGGGUGGCAACUGACUUGACAGCGGUAGCGCAGAAAGAGUCAAACGAUGUAGCUCUUCAUGCCGAACUGCAAACAGCAGCUGCACAUGCAGUGACCGCGUUUAAGGAAGGGCAGAGCUUUGAUAAGGUCGUCAAUGACGCGUUCACUAAGGGAUGUAAAGAAAAGCGUCCGGCGUUCUCGAAGCGCUGGGCCCUGUGCUUUGGCAAUAUUGUCCUGGGCUCGUCAGAAGAUACCCUUGGUUCACCAGGAAUGGUAGCCUUCAUCAAAGCCGCAUUGAAUGGGCUGGUAGAUGCCUACAAGGACAUAACCGCCAAUCCGAUUCAAGCCACUCAAAACGGAUCGAUAUCAACAGCCUACGUUACGGCUACAUUGUCACUGUCCACACUCCGAACGAUCAAUGACAAUGAUGUCUCUUCGAUCCUUCAAAAACUCGCGGUACAAAAACAUUUGUACAUGGUCGAACCAAAACCAUCUUUCCUCCUAAACCCUCGCGUCUACACCAAACUGCUCGACGAAGAAGACAUAGCCUGGUGUCUACGAUGCCUCGAGGCUGCCGUGGAUGGUAUCGCAAGCACCAAAGACAACCAAGACGCGGCACGGCCGUGGUCACAAGGGAUCUUAUAUUUCUUAUCAGAGAGACGAUCUGCAGCGCUGUCAACGCGGUCAAGCGAAACGAUUGCGAGCGCAUUCAAUGCUCACCCUGGGUUCGUCGGACAGGCAGUGAUUGAUGGGAUAUGGACGUGGUUGGAGCAGUUGAGUAAGGGAGACAAAGACUCCGUUGCAUUGAUGUCAAAAGGAGGUGACCAUGCACCCCAUGCUGCCCUUCACGCUAUUUUCCCCCAGAAGACAGCUCAACUAUCCGGACUUAAGGAUGUUUUGUCCGAAAACCUAGUUCGAGCUCUUGUUAUAAGCCAACCCAAUCUCAUCCCGCGAGCAUCGUGGAUCAACCUUUGCCUACGGACGGGUAUCGAUCCUGGAAACCUAGUCAGCGCAAACACCGAUCGUUUCCUGGAUGCAGUUCUAGAUGGAAGCAAGUCUGACCAAGACUCACAAUGGGCAACAUCUGUCAGGAAGGCCGCGUCCAGAGCCGCCGCAGAACUGGUGUUCGUGGCACCGGAUGCCCUACUAGGACGCUUGCUGGACCGGACACAAUCCCUUCUCGACCCUGCACAACUUUCAGACAUCGGGCCAACCGAAGUGGGCAUCUUCAAUACCCCUGAAGGGACCCCCUUCGUAGAUGUUCUCAGCAAGCAAGGCUCGGCACCCACAUCCCAUAAGGGAUCGAAAGACCGGGAUGCUGAACAGUGGGAGCAAGAGCUACGCAAAGAAUUGGCCGCGAAGAAGGGCCACGCCAAGAAGUUGACGGCUGACGAGCAAGCGAAGGUCAAAACCCAACUGGCGAAAGAAACCGUCAUUCGGCGGCAUGUUGCAGAGGUUCGCGAGAGAUUGUUGCGCGGAGCCGGCAUUGUCGAUGCGCUCGUGAAUGGUCCUCCCACUGAUGCGCAGCGAUGGGUUGUUCCCGUCAUCAGAUGUCUUCUCGACCUAAUUGCAGGAGAUAAGGGCGGUUUACUAGGCACAGAGGCAACGUCGACGUUCCUUGAUUUGUCUAAGCUAGUGACUCCAAGAUUGGGAUCUCUUCGUCUCUUCGUCGGAGUGGCAACUCUUCGAGCGCUUGACGUGCAGCAAGUGUCAGCAGAUCUCCAACGAGAGCCACUGGGCGAGCUCGUUACUCGCGUUCUCUACCGGAUGAGGUUCGUGGGCGAACAGAGAACAUUCGACCUUGUAUCUCUGGCUUACAUCCACCCUCUCAUUAUGCUUAUCCUCGAGAAAGGUGGUAUUUCCGCUCCCGAUGCUGACGCUGCGGACGAGCAAAUUACGCUUGCUAUCGAGUUUUGUUCCGGCCAUGCUGAUCCGAUCGCAAACGCGGCGUUGCCCAGGGAUCGAAUGUUGUCGGCGCUAGUCUCUACGAUGCAGCGGUUCACACAACACUACAAGAUCACGAAAGACUGCUUCGCGGACUUUGUUCGAGCACUGUCACUGGACAUUUCGAAGCAGGAACUAACGAUCCUAUUGAAGGCAUCCCUUGUGCCUCAGACCGCUGUCCGCACAGCUGUGCUGCAGGCUAUUGACGCUGAAUUGGAGCUUGACUCCAACCAAUUCUAUCCAGAGAUUUGGGUGGAAUGCCAUGAUGACCUUGCAGAAAAUCGCGAGAUUGCGGAGACGAUCAAGGAGGAGAAUAGCAUCCAGGUGCCCGAAUCUGCGGCAGCCUCGAUCAUUGAACAUCUGUCAUCGCCUGAUUCCCAGCGUCGGCGAGCUGCUGCACGUUCCAUUGCAAGCGCCACGAAAAAGCAUCCGAACACAUUCAAUAGUCUGCUAGACCAGUUGAUUGACAUCUACAAUGCCAACGAGAAGCUACGAGAACCGGAACGCGACAAGUUUGGCAUGACCAAGAGCAAGGAGGCCAAAGACCUAUGGGAAUGGCGAAGCGGCGCUGCCCUCACUCUCCGUGAAUUAGCUCCCGUAUUCGCGGAGGUACGAUUGGUGGACUUGGUACAGUUCUUGGUCCUAAAAGGCCCACUCGCCGACCGAAACGGAACGGUCCGUUCGCAAAUGAUCGAAGCUGCCGCGGCCAUCAUCAACGCGAAAGGGAAGAACAAGCUGGCCGAACUGACCAAGCUAUUUGAAGCGAAACUCGACAAGUCAGACAACGGUUCGGUGAAGGAAGAUCGGGUCAACGAGGCCGUUGUCAUUCUCUAUGGUACUCUUGCGAGGCACAUACCAAGCGGUGAUGCACGAAUUCCUAAAGUCGUGGCUCGCCUACUGGGAACAUUGGGAACCCCCUCCGAGAGUGUCCAAUACGCUGUAGCAGAAUGUCUGCCGCCCCUAGUCCAAGCAUCCAAAGAUUCCGCGUCCGACUACUUCAAAAAAACCAUGGAUGAGCUAUUAAAUUCCAAGAAGUAUGCCGCCCGUCGUGGCGCCGCGUAUGGACUGGCUGGUAUUGUUCAAGGAUACGGCGUCAAGGCUUUCAGGGAACAACGGAUUAUGAGCACGUUCCAGGCUGCUUCGGAGAACAAGAAAGAUGCAGGCCAACGGCAGGGUCCAUUCCUUGCCUACGAGCUAUUCUCCCUUAUCCUAGGGCGCGUCUUCGAGCCGUAUGUUCUUCACAUCGUCCCGCAGCUGCUCGCAGGCUUCGGUGAUGCGAAUGCCGAUGUGCGAGAAGCUUGUCUAGACGCUUCGAAGACUUGCUUCUCUACUCUAUCCCCUUAUGGUGUGAAGAAGAUCCUUCCGGAACUUCUAGAUGGCCUUGAUGAAUCGCAAUGGCGGAGCAAGAAGGGUGCUUGUGAACUGCUUGGCGCCAUGGCUUACCUUGAUCCAAACCAAUUGGCAAUGAGCUUGCCGGAAAUCAUUCCUCCAUUGACAAAUGUACUGAAUGACAGCCACAAAGAGGUCCGAGCUGGUGCGAAACAGGCUCUUCAACGCUUUGGCGAGGUGAUCAACAACCCUGAGAUCAGGGGAGUGGUGGACAUUCUCCUGAAGGCAUUGAGCGAUCCCACGAAACACACUGAGACGGCUCUGGACUCAUUACUCAAGAUCUCGUUUGUGCACUAUCUUGAUGCACCGUCUCUGGCCCUGGUUGUCAGGAUUCUUGAGCGUGGAUUGGCGGAUCGGUCCGGCACGAAACGAAAGGCCGCCCAGAUCAUCGCGACAUUGGCACAUCUUACGGAGAGAAAAGAUCUAAUUACGCAUCUCCCCGUCCUCGUCGCUGGCCUCCGUGUCGCGGCUGUUGAUCCUGUACCGACCACCCGGGCCACUGCUUCCAAGGCACUUGGAUCGCUAGUGGAGAAGCUAGGCGAAGAUGCCCUUCCGGAUUUGAUCCCAAGUCUCAUGGCAACCCUUCGUUCAGACACCGGUGCCGGCGACCGUCUGGGAUCAGCACAAGCGCUCAGCGAAGUCCUUGCCGGACUGGGUACAUCCAGAUUGGAGGAAACCUUGCCUACCAUCCUUCAAAACGUCGCCAGCUCGAAGCCAUCGGUGCGCGAAGGUUUCAUGUCGCUGUUCAUCUUCUUGCCUGCGUGUUUCGGAAACAGCUUCUCCAACUACCUUGGCCGCAUCAUCCCGGCGAUCUUGUCGGGUCUUGCCGACGAUCUGGAGUCGAUCCGUGAGACUGCGCUGCGAGCCGGUCGCCUGCUGGUGAAGAAUUUCUCGUCCAGAGCAAUCGAUCUGCUGCUUCCUGAGCUUGAACGUGGUCUUGCAGACGACAGCCACCGGAUCCGACUCAGCUCUGUCGAGCUGGUUGGUGAUCUGCUGUUCAAUCUCACGGGCAUCAACAAAAACACCGAGGAAGAAGACAUUGAAGAACAAGCUGUCGACGCCGGCGCCUCUUUGUUGGAGGUUCUUGGAGAAGAUAGACGCAAUAGAGUUCUAUCAGCGCUCUACAUCUGCCGUUGCGAUACCUCCGGCCUCGUGCGCGCUGCUGCUAUCAAUGUUUGGAAAGCCCUGGUGGCAUCGCCUCGAACUCUUCGCGACCUUGUUCCCACGCUUACGCAAUUCCUCAUUCGCCGCCUUGCCAGCUCCAACCCGGAGCAAAAGGUCAUUGCUGGUAAUGCUCUUGGGGAAUUGAUGCGGAAGGCUGGUGAUGGGGUUCUGACCACAUUACUGCCCACUCUCGAAGAAGGGCUACGAAGCUCGACAGAUACGGAUACGAAACAGGGUAUCUGUAUUGCCCUGCGUGAGCUGGUGGGCUCAGCGGCUUCGGAGACUUUGGAAGACCAUGAGAAGACCAUCAUUGCUGUGAUCAGAACUGGUUUGGCCGACUCCGAUACCGAUGUCCGGGAAGCAGCCGCCGAAGCUUUUGACUCGCUCCAGCGGAUCCUCGGCAGGAGAGUUAUCGAACACGUGCUUCCUCACCUGCUAUCAUUGCUUCGCGAUGAAGAGUCUGCAAGCAAUGCUCUCCUUGCCCUCCUAACGCUCCUCACGGACAACAACCGCUCGAACAUGAUUCUUCCACAUCUGUUGCCACCUUUGCUCGUGUCACCAAUGACCACUUUCAACGCGAGAGCACUUGCGUCACUUGCCGAAGUUGCAGGCGGACCGAUGGUCAGGAAGCUACCCACAAUCAUCAAUGCCUUUAUGGACAACAUCAUUUCCUGCAAGGAUGAUGAGUUGCGAACCGAGUUGGAAGAAUCCCUGGACACCGUCUUGUUGUCAGUGGAUGAGUACGACGGCCUCAAUACGCUCAUGAGCGUUAUGCUUGCUUUGGUUAAGCAUGAUGACCACCGAAAACGUCGCUGUGCGGACCAACGGUUGGCGGCCUUCUUCAGCAACACUGACAACGACUUCUCCCGAUACUAUCCUGACCUUAUCCGCGCUCUUCUCAUUUCAUUUGAUGACGGCGAUCCGGAAGUUGUCCGCGCCGCAUGGAGCGCUCUUAGCGAGUUGACUAAACAACUGUCCAAGGAAGAGAUGGAGACGCUUGCCAAUUCCACUCGACAAGUCUUGACCCAGGUCGGCGUCCCCGGCUCAAAUCUCCCUGGAUUCGGACUACCGAAGGGCAUUAAUGCCAUUCUCCCCAUCUUCCUCCAGGGCCUGAUGAACGGCACUUCGGACCAGCGGACACAAUCCGCACUGGCAAUAUCGGACAUCAUCGAUCGCACAAGUGGCGACUCUUUGAAGUCGUUCGUCACACAAAUUACGGGCCCGCUUAUCCGAGUCGUGUCAGAGAGAUCACCAGAAGUCAGAUCUGCCGUGUUGUUCACGUUGAACAAUCUUCUGCAGAAGAUUCCGACAUUCCUGAAACCAUUCUUGCCUCAACUGCAGCGCACAUUCGCGAAGUCACUUGCGGAUACUUCAAGUGAGACCCUCAGAAUGCGUGCUGCGAGGGCACUCGGAACUCUCAUCACCAUGACUCCUCGCAUUGACCCACUGAUUUCCGAGCUUGUGACCGGCUCCAAGACCCCUGACAUCGGCGUCAAGUCGGCGAUGUUGAAGGCGCUGUACGAGGUCGUCAGCAAAGUGGGCAAGAACAUGAAUGAAGCAUCAAGGGCGUCGCUUCUAGCCCUGAUUGACUCCGAUGCACCAGGCUCUGAACUUUCGAUUAUCAUCAACCAUGCACGGCUACUGGGGGUAUUGGUCAAGGUGUUGGACCCGGAUACCGCUAAGCACGUCGUGAAGACCAAGGCUCUGACGACGAAUUUUACUAAUUUCUCGGUACUGGCCAUGAAUGCGGUCUUGCUUGACUCGGCUGAAGCGAUUACUGCUUCCAUGGCAGAAGAGGCUCGGGCUGUCAUCUGCCAAGGCAUAAAAGACAGUAGAGCCGAUAUUGCAGAAAAUUGUGUCAUAGCAGCCGGCAAACUAAUGCUCACCGAAUCAAGCCCACGUUCCUUCGAGUUCCUUAAGCCCUUCUUCGAGUCCUUAGCGCAAGUCAUCGAACCCGGCAAUCCCCCCGAUGUGCGCCGUCUGUCCCUCGUGGUUAUCCGCACCUUUAGCCGGGAACACAAUGACGAGGUCCGGCCGCAUCUCGCGUUGUUAGCACCGCCAAUAUUCGCAAGCGUCCGCGACAUGGUCAUCCCCGUCAAACUAUCUGCCGAAGCAGCCCUGCUUUCGAUCUUCUCGGUUGUCGAGGAGGAGGGCGCAGUGUUCGAGAAGUGGAUCGCAGGACCAGGGGCGAACUUGCCGCCAAAUGUGAAGAGGAGUAUGGGGGAUUAUUUCAAGCGAGUCGCGAUUCGUUUGGGAGCGCAGGCGAGAGAGAGGAAGGAGGCGGAGGGUGGUCAGGGUGGACUAGGGUUGUCGAGUGAUGAGAAGGAGGACGAGCUGGAGCUUUGGCGGGUCGGCAAGGUUGACCUGGGAGAGAACGUGAUGUUCGACGGAUAGAGUAGAACCAAAAGGUCGCAGGAUUGCGAGCCAUUGACAGAAGUUUGCAUACGGAGCCACGCUUUAUAAAUAUUAGAAUGUCUCCCCUAAUGUUUUCAGCUAUUGUUUGAGACUCUAACCCUCUGUUUAUGGGCUUCGACUUGGUCAAAGUUCCUAGGUCUGAGUGCAACCUACCUUGUCUCAACUCGGCGAUAUGACGGGAAACAAGACAGUAAAGGAGAUCUUCAG